AUGAUAGCAAGGCAAAAGAAACCUCAUACUAUCGGUGAAGAAUUAAUAAAACCAUGUGUGCUUAAAGCCACGCAGAUAAUUUUAGCAGAAGAUGCAGAGCAAAAAAUUUGCGAUGAAUCCACCGACAUCAUUAAUUGUGCACAGUUAAUAGUUUAUAUUUGUUACAUCGGCGUAGAUAUCAUUCAUGAAGAGAUUUUGUACACCCAACCUUUGACAGCAGGUGCUACAUCUGAAGAUAUAUUUAAUUCAAUAUCAAAUUUUGUUGAAAAAAAAUUAUUUGGAUUGGAAGAAACUUAUUGGACUUUGCACAGAUGGCGCACCUGCAAUGAUAGGUCUUGGGCUUCCAAAACAUUGCCACCGAAAUUACGCAACACUUUGGACUCGGAUGUAGGGAUUAUCAACUACAUCAAGAGCAGCGCUUUGAACAGUCGGAUCUCGGUUCUGCUCACAAAGUUCUUCUGUUCUACACAGAAGUACGCUGACUGUCCAAAGGCUCGCCUUUAUGAAUUGAAAGAAGAGGUAAUUAUUUUUCUUGAGUUCAAAGAAAAACACGAUUUCUUAACAAUGUUCAAAGAUGAGGUUGGCUUAUUUAACUGA